CCCGCCCCGGCUGUGCUGAGGCCGACGGAGCCGCCAUCUUGGGUGCGGAGCUGUGAUUCCUCGGCCCGUCUCUGCCGGUGGUGCGCCUGCUCGCGCGGGAGGAACAGCACAGCAUGCUGGGCUCUGGAUUUAAAGCUGAGCGUUUACGAGUCAAUUUGAGAUUAGUCAUAAAUCGUCUCAAACUGCUGGAGAAAAAAAAAACGGAACUGGCCCAGAAAGCAAGAAAAGAGAUUGCCGACUACCUGGCUGCUGGGAAAGAUGAACGAGCCCGGAUCCGAGUGGAGCACAUUAUCCGAGAAGACUACCUCGUGGAGGCCAUGGAGAUCCUGGAGUUGUAUUGUGACCUGCUGCUGGCUCGGUUUGGCCUCAUUCAGUCUAUGAAGGAGCUAGAUCCUGGUCUGGCUGAAUCUGUGUCUACAUUGAUCUGGGCUGCUCCUCGACUCCAGUCAGAAGUGGCGGAGUUGAAAAUAGUUGCUGAUCAGCUCUGUGCCAAGUACAGCAAGGAAUAUGGAAAGUUAUGUAGGACCAACCAGAUUGGAACUGUGAAUGACCGGCUAAUGCACAAACUGAGUGUGGAAGCCCCACCCAAAAUCCUGGUGGAAAGAUACCUGAUUGAAAUUGCCAAGAACUACAAUGUGCCCUAUGAGCCUGACUCUGUGGUCAUGGCAGAAGCUCCUCCUGGGGUAGAGACAGAUCUUAUUGAUGUUGGAUUCACAGAUUAUGUGAAGAAAGGGGGCUCUGGAAGAGGAGGAGGAGGGGGCGGAUUCACAGCACCAGUUGGUGGACCUGAUGGAACAGUGCCAAUGCCAAUGCCAAUGCCAAUGCCAUCUCCAAAUACUCCUUUCUCGUACCCACUUCCAAAGGGACCGUCAGAUUUCAAUGGAUUGCCAAUGGGGACUUUUCCCAAUAUUCAUCCACCUCAGAUACCAGCAACUCCCCCAUCAUAUGAAUCUGUUGAUGACAAUGCUGAUAUGAAUGUCUCUUCUGCACAGAUUGUUGGUCCUGGACCCAAACCAGAAGCCUCUACAAAGCCCCCUCCUAGACCUGUGGACGUAUCUUAUGACAACUUUGUGCUACCAGAGUUGCCAUCUGUGCCAGACACACUACCAACUGCGUCGGCUGGUGCCAAUACCUCAGCAUCUGAGGACAUUGACUUUGAUGAUCUUUCCCGGAGAUUUGAAGAGUUGAAAAAGAAAACAUAGGCCUCUUAAACCAGACAGUGUCCAAGUUCUGGGAGUUGAGACUGAGCAGUUUUUCCUUGUAACAAAGAAUCUCCAUGAAAUUCUGUUUCAUCUCUUAACCAUCACUGAGCACACUCCUUCUGGGCUCUCUUCCUGCUCUACCAGAUUCUGCUGCUUUCCAGUUCUUUGUUGCUCCUAAGAGACUAUCGGUUGGACACUCUGAGGCUGGAGCAGCCAGCUCCUGGCGCCUGUGCUUGUCCAUUUCCCGUCCAUGUGGUCCCAGGUUCUCUCCUUGCCCAUCCCGCCACCCGUCCAGAAGGGUGUGAGAAGGUGUAAGCACUGUGGGGAGAGCUUGCAAGGUGGCUGGGCAACGAAGAAGAGCACUUCAUGAGUCUCAGCCCUGUGCUGAGAUUCUAGACCUAGAAACAAACCGCUCUAUUGAGUGGGAUUCAUGGUUAGUGAGAAUCAAGGCCAAGUUGUGUAUUUUCUCACUCGAAUAGGAAUGGGAGAGAAAAUGACUCAGGAAGCCAUUGUCACAGUUCUUGGAAGCUGGGUCCUCUCACUGACAUAUACACUACUCCUUGCUGCAGGGCACUGUCCCACCUGGAUCCAGUGGCAAAAGUUUAUUUGGAAAGUUGAAGGCCUCUCUUAGUUCUACUGGAUUCUCAGGGAGCCCUCUGUGGCCUUUUGCUUUAUUUUGAGUGCUGUUUUCCUUUUACCACAGGACAGCACUGUAAAUUCCUGUUUUUCCCUAUAGCGUGUUCUGUUGGAUUACUGGCAAAGGAAGGUCAGGCCACAUACUGGACAGAAGUCACCAUUCAAGAUUAAGGUGGGCUUCCAGUUGCCUUAAUAGAAGUACUCAAGUUUCUUGGGUAGUGAGCUGGAAAGCCUACAGGAGAAGAGGGGUUCCUGUUUUCAUUUGAAAACUUUAUAAUUAAGAGAACCUUUAAAAAUUGAUCUCAGAUACGAUUUCGGUGCCCAUGUGGCUGUAGUAGUUCAUUGCUUUCCUGGAUAGAAGAGACUUACUGUUACCUACAUGCUCCUCUGCCCCCGUAGCUGAGACCAUCCUUCACAGGGAUGGCUUUGGGAUUGGAAGGUAAGACUUUGGCUCCUGUGUAGCAUAUCUGUACACUUCAAGCAACUUUAAUGUUUUUGAUUGGUUUGUAUCUCUAGCUCAGUAGGUGACAAUAAAAGUAAAGAUUCUGUGCUCUGCUUUCUCUACUGCAUUUUCAAAUGAUGAGGUAUCAAUUUGGGUUUUAGUGGAGAGUAUUUUAUUUAAUUUUUUUUUUUUAAGAGGCAUGUAUUUUUAUUUAUUUGUUUGUUUGUUUAUACAUGCACUGGGUACAGUCAGAAGCGCGGGAGGGUGAGAGAAUCCACCAGAGCCAGAGCAGGGAGCAGAGCAGGCAGAAGGACCGAAGUACA